GUCCUAUGCUGUUCAUCGGUCCCUUGCCCAACCUGCGAAUAUUACUUCUGAUUCCAUGAAUCGAUUUGGAUGUGCUGAUCUCGGGCGCGCAUGGGUUCUGGACCUUCUUCGGCUAGGUUGCGCCGCUCACUUAUAAGUGAGAAAGCGUUCCCUCCGAUUACCCGUCGCAAACGUUAUCCUUUCCUCGAACUCAAACUUGACGUGUCGCUGGGUUGCCUUUAAAACAUCCUAAAUAUCCCGUAUGUCUAACCUCACGAUCCCGCAGUCGGUUGGAGGGAGGACUCCUCGCACAAGAGGCGUGUCUGCCAUGCAUUUUAAAAGUGCGACUACUGGCGUAGCAACCAAGACUAUGCGCAAUGAACUCAACAGGCUAGUGAACACUGUGUCAGAUUCGGCAACGAAGAAGGCUUGUAGGCUUUCGAUACAGAGAUGCAGUCGUUCUUCUAUCUCUUCACGCGCUAUCUGGCCGAGAGGGCUCAGAGCCAUGAGCUUGAUUGGGAUCGGAUCAAGUCACCAUCCGCAGACAAGGUCGUCCCUUAUGAUCAAUUGCCAGAUAUUACAGACCCCAAGUCAUUGAACAAGCUAGCCGUUCUGAAAGUGAAUGGUGGUUUGGGCACCUCCAUGGGUAUGACGGGAGCCAAGAGUGCUCUUGAAGUGAAGAAUGACAUGACCUUCCUUGACCUUACUGUGCGCCAGAUCGAACAUCUGAACACAACCCACCGUGUCGAUGUCCCUCUUAUCCUGAUGACUUCUUUCAAUACCCAUGAAGAUACCCUCCGCAUUAUCAAGAAGUAUGCUAACCAGCAAGUCCGUAUCACCACCUUUAACCAGUCCCGUUAUCCUCGUAUCAACAAGGAGACCCUCCUUCCGUGUCCAAAGACUGCUGAGGACGACAAGGGCAAAUGGUAUCCUCCCGGUCACGGUGAUCUGUAUAAUGCACUUGUGCAUUCGGGCGUUCUAGACCAACUCCUCGCAGAGGGGAAGGAAUACCUUUUCGUAUCCAAUUCUGACAACUUGGGUGCUGUUGUCGAUCAUAAGAUUCUUCAUCACAUGGUCACCUCAGGAGCUGAGUUCAUCAUGGAAGUUACUGACAAGACCAAGGCAGAUGUGAAGGGUGGAACGUUGAUCGACUACGACGGCAGCAUUCAACUGCUGGAAAUCGCUCAAGUGCCAUCAGAGCAUGUAGAAGAUUUCAAGUCUGUCCGCAAGUUCAAGAUCUUCAACACGAACAACUUGUGGAUCAACCUCAAGGCCCUCAAGCGUAUCAUGGAGAGUGAUGGCAUGGAACUCGAAAUAAUUGUGAACCCCAAGGUCACUGAUGAUGGACAGCAAGUCAUUCAGCUCGAGACAGCGGCUGGUGCCGCUAUCAAGCACUUCAAAUCCGCGCACGGUAUCAACGUCCCUCGUAGCCGUUUCUUACCGGUGAAGAGUUGUUCGGACCUGCUUUUGAUCAAGAGCGACAUCUACUCCCUUGCGCAUGGAGAGCUCGUUAUCAAUGAGAAUCGACUGUUCGGUACUACACCCGUCAUCAAACUUGGCGACCACUUCAAGAAGAUUGCACAAUUCCAGAAGCGAUUCAAGAAGAUACCCAAGAUCAUCGAGUUGGACCAUUUGACCGUCACUGGUGACGUCUACUUCGGCCGCAAUGUGACGUUGAGGGGGACUGUUAUUGUCGUUGCCAAUGAAGGUCAGCGCAUUGAUAUACCCGACGGAUGUGUCUUGGAGAACAGACUUCUGUCUGGUAACUUGACCAUGACGGAAUUAUGAGCCUACUUUAGGCAUAGAUAUAAUCCACAUACACGGACUUUCUUGCAUAUAUAUGGACUGUACUCGGCAUAGUAGUGUCUCUUAGUUUUCGAAUAGUUUUUCACCGCUAGGGCUCGCGACAACGCGGUUGGUUUCAUUUCUUGGGAUAUCUUUAGGUCAAAUAGAGUACAUAGAACAUAUUUAAUCCGACCUCUGUCAAUGCC